AACAUUUAAUGAGUUCGUCAUGAUAUGUUCAUAGCCUGCUCUUAAGUACCUGAAAGAGGCAAAUCCUGGGACAUUUUUACAUUUAAACAAAGGAUGGAUGAGCUGUCAAGUUUUUUGAGACAGAGGAACAUUCCAGAGAAUGCCAUUGAAAAACUGGAAAGAGACAAGAUUGACAGUGAUGUAAUUCUAGUCAUGACAGAUGAACAACUCCAGGGAUACAUUCCAUCGUAUGGUGACCGUCUGGCAGUAGUAUCAUUCUGUAGGAGGAAAGUAAAAAAUGUAGAAGUGCGCCAUUCAAAACUGUUAGAACGUCUACGGUCAAAGUUGUCUCAAAAAAGACCACAUGAAGGUCCUACAACAGAAGGCACUUCUGCAUUACCUCGUAAAACAUCUAGCAAAAAAAACAGAAAGGUAGAAAUAGGGUGGAUGAAUUUUGAUGAAGAAAAAAAUGCAUUCAUUCAAGUGAGAACAAGGAAAGGUGGUGGAACAAGAAAAGUUGAAGUGUCAAGAGGAAGUCAAAAAGCAGAUUUGUUGGAAAAAGCUUUUUCUUUAUUUUUCCCUAGUGGCAAGAAUUCUGUUGGAUGUGCUAGUGACUUUGAAAUGGACAUAAAAGAUUUCAAGGAAACAUCACUUGAUGAAAACACAACUGUAGGAGAUCUCUAUGAUGAAACACAGUUAUCUGUGCUUCGCUUUUACUUGACAACAAAGCUUAAACAAAAGAGUUUAAUUCAGCCAGAGAGCACACUGUCAGUUCCUCAAGCACAUUCAACACCUUCAGGUGACAAUUUGAGGAUUGUUGAUGAUACAUCAGACAUUACACAAAGCAGUGAAUUAUUUAUUGCAGUUGAUGAGGAAGCGUCAUGCAUGAUACAGAGUUCACCAGUUCUUCCUGAAAAUUCAUUGGAAAAUAACUACGAUGACAGUGACACAGUCACAUUUCUAAACAAUAUGGAGUCAGUCUUGUCAGAAGAAGUCUUAGAUGACACCCUACCAAUGCCAGUAGAACCCAAGGUUCUGAUUCUUCAUCGUGGAAACAUUCUUCCAGAGCUGAUUGCAUUUUUUACUGAUGAAGAUCCUCUCCAGUCUCAGUUCAGAAUUCAGCUUGUCCUGCCUAAUGGCCAGCAUGAAAUGGCACAUGAUGAAGGAGGAGUACUGAGGGACUGUUUAAGUGAGUUUUGGAAUGACUUCUAUGAGCAAUGCACAAUGGGAAACCAAUGCAAAGUCCCAUUCCUGCGUCAUGAUUUUGCAGAAAAAGAAUGGGUAAGUGUAGCCAGAGUGAUCAUCUUGGGCUGGAAGAGAGAAAGAUAUUUUCCAAUUAAAUUGGCUCCUGUAAUCUUUGAGCAGGCAAUACUGGGUGAUGUCCAAAGUGACUUAAUUGAGAACUUUUUGCAGUAUGUCCCAGAAACAGAGUGUACAGUCUUUGACGAGAGUCGCACUGAUUUUCACUCUGUUGACAAAGAGGAACUGUUUGAAAUACUUGACGGUUACAGCUGUCGUAAGAUGCCCACUAAAGAAAACUUUGAAGAAAUCCUGCGAGAAAUGGCACAUAAGAAAUUCAUCCAAGAGCCAGCUUUUGUGAUUGAUCAGUGGGCCACGGUGUUGAAUACAAUCUGUUCAGAUCUGGAGGAAAUAAAAUGUGGUUAUGAAAACCUGAAACCAACUGCAAGAAAGGUGCUAAAAUCUCUUUCCUUUCCUAUUGAUCCAGCAAGAAAUGGUCCUGAAAGUGAAAUUCAGAAUCACCUUAGAAAAUACAUCAAGGAGUCUGAAUUCCACCGCCUGUCAAAGUUCUUGCGAUUUUGCACAGGCUCUGACUUGUACCUUGGAAAAACUAUUAAUGUAGCUUUUACAGAGAUUCAAGGUUUUAAAAGAAGACCUGUAUCACACACAUGUGGAUGUGUCCUGGAACUGUCCAUUUUCUAUGACAGUUACCCUGAUUUUCGGGCAGAAAUGAACAAGGUCCUAGACAGCAACAUGUGGGUCAUGGACAUAGUGUAAAGAGGUCUGCCAUGGUGAAACUAAAUUUACAGGGCAGUUAAAGUAAAUCCACAUUUCCAAAUGUCCAGAACUGGACAUUUUUGCUUUUAUGAUUACUGUGAAAGUUAUGCCAGUGUUUUGAUUUAAAUUUUGUUUUGUUUUGAUGGUUUUAUAAUUUUAUUUGUUAAAGUAAUGGUAUCCAGUUUUGGCAUUUAAAUGUUGAUUGUUGGUGCUGAUUGUCCUUUUGUUUGCACUUUAUUGACUCCUUGUUAUGGAAAUCUUUGAAUGUGAACUUUUAGUAUUUUUGAAAUACUCUUAUAUUUUAUGCAUUAUUGCACUUUAGUGUCAAGUGUUUUACAAAUAACUAUAUGGUUGUUCUAACAUGCAAAUUGUUGUUCUAAAAUGUUCUUUAAAAUGUUCUUAAGCAGCAGGUUGCGAAUUGCUAGGUUUGACCUCACUUCUGAUCUCUUGAAGAUUUAAUUUUUUUUUGGGAGGGGGGCAUAAUGUACAUAAUAGGAGAACAGUAUGUACAUUUUUGCUGACUAGGGUUUAUAAUUAUUCUGAAUUAUAAAACAGUUAGUUUUGUAACUAUUUUUUUUCCCUUUUCUCCCUAUGGCUCUUCUAAGGACAUUGCUACAAAAUUAGUACAUUUAUUAUUUCAAGUGAAAUAGUAAAAACAUUAAAUCUAAAGGAAAAAUCUAAAUACAGGGUUUGUACAGGUGGCUCAAGAAUAAUAAAGAAAAAUAUUUAAAGAAAACCGAGGAAUAUACCGGUGAGCACUUGAUGGUGGCCUGCAUAAUUAAAUAAA